CUAGACCCGCCAUGACUUCCAGCGAGAUCGCCAUGCCGGGCGCGGUGAAGGCCGACCCCGCCGCCCUCAUGGCGUCCCUGCACCUCCUGCCGUCGCCCACGCCCAACCUGGAAAUCAAGCACACCAAGAUUUUUAUUAACAACGAGUGGCAGAACUCAGAGAGUGGAAGAGUGUUCCCUGUGUAUAAUCCAGCAACAGGGGAACAGGUGUGUGAAGUUCAAGAAGCAGACAAGGCAGACAUAGACAAAGCAGUGCAGGCGGCCCGCCUGGCGUUCUCUCUGGGUUCAGUGUGGAGAAGAAUGGAUGCUUCGGAAAGAGGACGACUGUUGGAUAAGCUUGCAGACUUGGUGGAACGAGACAGGGCUGUUCUUGCAACCAUGGAGUCCCUAAAUGGCGGCAAACCAUUCCUGCAGGCUUUCUACGUGGACCUGCAAGGUGUCAUCAAAACCCUCCGGUAUUAUGCAGGCUGGGCUGAUAAAGUCCACGGCAUGACCAUCCCUGUGGACGGAGACUUCUUCACCUUCACACGACACGAACCCAUCGGGGUGUGUGGGCAGAUCAUCCCGUGGAACUUCCCCCUGCUGAUGUUUGCCUGGAAAAUUGCUCCUGCUCUGUGCUGUGGCAAUACAGUAGUUAUUAAGCCAGCAGAGCAAACACCACUCAGCGCGCUCUACAUGGGAGCCCUCAUCAAGGAGGCUGGCUUUCCACCAGGAGUCAUCAAUAUUUUGCCUGGAUAUGGGCCAACGGCUGGAGCAGCGAUAGCUUCUCACAUUGGCAUAGACAAGAUCGCGUUCACAGGGUCCACUGAGGUAGGAAAGCUUAUCCAAGAAGCAGCUGGAAGAAGUAACCUGAAGAGAGUAACUCUGGAACUUGGAGGGAAAAGUCCCAAUAUUAUUUUUGCAGAUGCUGAUUUGGACUAUGCUGUGGAGCAGGCUCACCAGGGCGUGUUCUUCAACCAAGGCCAGUGCUGCACCGCGGGCUCCCGCAUAUUUGUGGAGGAGCCCAUCUACGAGGAGUUCGUGAGGAGGAGCGUGGAGCGGGCCAAGAGGCGCACAGUGGGCAGUCCCUUUGACCCCACCACUGAGCAGGGACCCCAGAUUGAUAAGAAGCAGUACAACAAGAUCCUGGAGCUCAUCCAGAGUGGUGUAGCUGAGGGUGCCAAGUUGGAAUGUGGAGGCAAAGGGCUAGGCCGGAAGGGCUUUUUCAUCGAGCCCACCGUGUUCUCCGACGUCACCGACGACAUGCGGAUCGCCAAAGAGGAGAUCUUCGGCCCUGUUCAGGAAAUCCUGAGGUUUAAGACAAUGGAUGAAGUUAUUGAAAGAGCCAAUAACUCAGACUUCGGACUUGUAGCAGCUGUCUUCACCAAUGACAUCAACAAGGCCCUCACAGUGUCAUCUGCAAUGCAAGCUGGGACUGUGUGGAUCAAUUGUUACAAUGCCUUAAAUGCGCAGAGCCCCUUUGGGGGAUUCAAGAUGUCUGGAAAUGGAAGGGAAAUGGGAGAAUUCGGUUUGCGAGAGUACUCAGAAGUGAAGACUGUGACCGUAAAGAUCCCCCAGAAGAACUCCUAAGAAGGCCAGGAAAGAAGAGGAGAGCCAGCCUGCACACCCCUCUCUCUGCUGUCCCUGUGGGGCUCCGCUCUCAGGAACACACAGCUGAUACACAGUCCUUAUUAAAGGGUUCAGUGAUAACAUGCAGCGAGGCAGGGCACUGCGUAACUAACAGAGCAGCUGGGCAUGGCUUCAUGGCGCUGAGGGAUCACCCUCACGUUACCAAAUUCGGGGAGAGGUGGGGCAGAGGCGGCUGUCGGGCACCUCCAGUGUCUCCGGAACCAGGGACUGAAUUAGGAGCUGUGUUAGUUGACGCUUUUAGUUGCAAGUAUCUUUCCUCUUGAGGAAAGGUGGCCUCUCCCUUGUCUUCAUUUCCCCCUCCCAGGCUCCCUGCACUCAUCCACCCCUCCCACUCCUCCAAGGAGAUCUCAGCUGAGCUCAUUUGGGGCAGAUGUUUGGGCCAGGAAUAAUUUUCCAAGGUAUUGCAGCCAAAUUGCCAUUUCGUGUCAUCCAUUUCUUCAAAGCAAAACAUGAAGUGGUUUUCGUUAGAGCCAGACCAGACUGGGGAUGCCAGGAGCUGGUCCACGGCAGCAGAUGCACUGAGGAAUAAGAUCCGGCCAUACCCCUGGUCCUGUCUGGUGUUCUUAUACCCACAGGUAACUCGAGGGAAAGGUCAGGAAGAUGGAGACCCGGAGGAUGUCACGUGUGGUUCACUCACAGCCUCUGAGCUUGCUGCAUCGGUGGUGGUUUCUGUGUGUGUGUGUGUUUACUUCUCUCGGUUUUUCUGGGUUAAGGUGAAGUGUGGAUUGUUUUUCAUAGAUGGAUGUGAUCUUAAGCUCGUCAUUAAAACCAACCAAAAAAAGUCUGAGUAGGCUUGAGAAUUUGGAAGAAGAAUGCUUUGAAGGCGUAAUCAGUUUCCAGUAAUGGCCGAUUGUUCGUACUGAGUGGGUCCUCUCUGCUCUUGGGGCCUGCCGUCUCCUCUGCACCCCAUCCUCCACUGACAUCUGCUACUCCUAGUGUCAUGGGUGUGACUUUGGCCUGUCCUGGGCCUAAUGUGCCCUAUACCCAUUGGCAAUAACCUUGGAAAAUUGGGCCAAGCCUAGGGGUUUCCUUUUCCUUUGGCAGGGUUCCCCCGUGCCAUGACGCCAUGCUUCACAGAGCUGCUGUGCCAACCAGGGCUCAUCCACCGUGGUCUUUGCCUGGCUUUGCCUCUUGGCACUCGGGCAUCAGCCUCGGGGCGGGGGCGGGCAGGAAGCAGGCUCCUCCCUUCCUCUCAGCCACAGGCCCCUGCUCUGCUCCUCAGUGAAUUGCUGUGGGCAGUGGCUGCCUUCCCCCUUCCCUCUUUCCAGCUGCAGAAUCCAGCUCACUCUCUCACCUAGACGAAGAUCAGUUAUUUAAAAGUACUGAACAUAACCUAGAAUAUGUGGAAUAUGGGCUAUAUAUAUGUAUGGCCUCUGUAUUUAACAGUUUUCUGCUUUCUAACCAUUACCGGUUUUCUAUUUAUAACCCUUAUCUAUUCACAAUGCUGUAAGGAAAUCUGCACUUGGUGUUAUUUACACGCAACAGCGCAUCCAGGAGCCAAUGCCUCGAUCGACGUGCAUUUCUGAGUUCUUCCGUGUGAACAUCACGUUCUCCUCCCAUGGCCUGCAUCCAAGUGAACCUACCCACUAACAAACUAGUUACCUUUGAACUGCAAUAUAGAAUGUGAAAAUGAAGAUUUAUUCCCUUUAAUUUACUUAAAAAGAAACCUCUGUACUAGCAAUAAAGCAUUUAUAUUGUGUA